GUAAGAGCAUUUCAAGCUUAACACUAGAUGCAUCCUCUUGGUUGACUGUUAAAUAUUGUGUCGUCUGUACACUGACAGGACAUUCCUCGGUAUGAACUGCCGGAGGGAGCUACUCCCGCGCGCGGAGUUCAUGCAAUUUCUCAAAAGGCUUUUGAACGGCUACAGAGAUGUCAGCUCGCUAGAUAUCCAAGGGCUCGGAUAUGUGACACCUCCUCCAACAUUCCCUGCCAAAUACCUAAUUGUUGACAUUACUCGUCCAUCGGGUGAACAAGCAUUGCCAAGGUCAAUAAUGCAGUUUUUAGUCCGGCUUUCUGACAAUUACACGGUGGGCUUACGCAAUACCCCGGAGGAUCCCUACUCCAGAGGUGGCUGGUUUCUCUUCAACAACAAGGAUAUCAUAGAUGGAUUUCCUGAUUUUAUGGGCGACUUCGACAUAAUGAAUAAAGAUUGUGGUUACUUCCAUUUUGAGGAUAUUUGUGUCCGUGAAAAAAUUAUCUCUGUUAUUGUUGCGGCCCUGAGUGGAAUCACAGAGUUCAAUUGCAAGUACUUGCCUGAUGAUACAAAAGCGAAGAUUGAAGCAAAGCUGGUGUUGAUUGGGGAGUGCCCGCGGCUCCAUGUUCCUUUGCAAUACACCAUGGAGAUUUUCGAGAGCCUUGGUUUCAGUUUCCUACCAGCUGAGGAGCUCUUUCAUAUGCGUCAUUGGUCAUUUUUGUGCAAGGCGACCUUUGCAUUGUAUCUUGCAAUUCUUGAAGCAGAAAAAGGAGUGUCCUCUAAGAAAGAAAGUUUCAUAAAUGCAAGGAGGCUUUUGGUCGCAACGGUGCAGAAAUUCAGUGACCAGGGUCACAUGCUUAAUCUGAAAAGUGCUGACGGGUUCUUCUCCCUUAGGAGACUCGCAGGCGGCCUUGUACGGCUCUUCAAGUACAACAAGGUGUGGGUCCAAAAACUUAUCACGAGGAAGUCUCUGGACUACAAAGCUUCAUUUAAGCAUGUUAAGCAUGAUGAGAAAGAAUUUAAAGAGCUUCUAGUUGGAGAGCCUGACAUCAUCAGUGAACAGGCUGAAUACAAUCACUGGAUGAAGCUCUUGUCUCGUGAUGAACUCCUCUCGACUCUGAUGCAGUAUGAUGGCGUGGAUGAUCCCGUGGAAGGACCCUGGAGAGGCUGUUACACUGCCUUGCUGGCGGCGGAGGUGGAGGAGGUGGAGGAAGUGGAGGAUGAGGAUGAGGAGGAGGAGGAGGAUGAUGAGGAGGAUGAUGAUGAUGAGGCGUAGGCGUUGGCUGGUCCUCACUGCUGACAUAGAAUAGUUGAACAGCCUGAAAUUGUAGAGAGUGGUAAAGUCUAGGGUGCCAAAAUUGUAGAAGGACCCUGAAAUUGUAGAAGUAGCAUUUUGCAGGGUAGUGGAAACUCGAGAACGUUACCUGUGCCUGGUUUGCAACUGUGAUGCAUUUGACGAGGCUUACCUUAGCCACUGUCUGUUGGCUUUGCUGUUUAAGCCUCUUCUUUUCGUACUCAUGCUCAGCUCACCUAGUUGUACUGUAGUAUUUUCAUAUCCUUGUUCUGAAGUAUGUUUGCAUAUUAUUUUGGGAGGCAAUACUUGUUUCUCACUUA